CGAAGACGAUAUAACCGUUAUUUCUGAGCUGAAGGAAGCGCGACAAAGAGACAGCAGCACGCCAGCAUGACGGAGCCACGCAUGAGGCUGCGGCAAAAAGGCCAGCAGUUCCCCACGCAAGACUUAGAAGCCUUCCUCCUCGCCUUUGGCGACAACGACUACCCCCUCGCAGAAACGAUGCGCGUCCUCGACGAAAUCAUCACAGACUACAUCAUCGAAACCUGCCACGAAGCUGCAUCUGUCGCCCACCACGCGCGCCGCGCCAAGAUCAAGCUCGACGAUUUCAAAUUCAUGCUGCGCCGCGACACGGGCAAGUUGGGCCGUGUGAGCGAGAUGCUGGAGACGGAUAAAGAGCUCAAGAGGAAGAGGAAGGCGUUUGAUACGGAUGAGGGGGCGGUGCUGCAGGACAAAGAUGGGGCU